CAAGUCGGAGUACAUUAAUUAGACCGCAGCUCGUUUGAACACCGGCUUCCGUACACAAUACAGCUUAAACACAACUUAAGUGUACCGUUAAUAUAUACAUUUAAAAAAAAAACAACCUUCCUGAAACAGCAGGUAUUUAAUUUUUUUAUGCCCCUUCAUUUCUGUCUUGUUCUUUCUGUAAUGAGAGUGAAGAAGUGGGUCUAGCGGCGCGGCGGGGGAGCUGAAUUUCACGCGUUCGCCUCAACUUUGUGGAAAUAUGUGAAGUGUGACAAAUGCCACUGGAAAAUGGAGCAGUCGGCUACUCUGGACAUAGAGACUCUGAAGAUUACCCAGGAGCAGUUUAUUCUUGCAUCCCAGUCCCUGCACCUCCAACGACCAGGCUGCGAUGCCGUGUACCCGGUGGGUUUAUACGGGUGGAGAAAAAGAUGCCUCUAUUUCUUCCUGCUGCUGCUCCUGGUCACCAUGAUAGUUAACCUGGCCCUCACCGUCUGGAUCAUAAAGGUUAUGAAUUUCUCAGUGGAUGGAAUGGGAAACCUCAAGCUGAACCAGGACGGGAUUCGCAUGGAGGGAGUCAGCGAGUUUCUUUUGCCUCUGUAUGUUAAUGAGAUUCAGUCCAGAAGGGACAGCUUGUUGGUCUUGCGGUCAGACAAGAACGUAACGCUGAAUGCCAGAAACGACCAAGGCCAGCUAACUGGUCAGCUCACAGUGGGUCCUGAGGCUGUGGAAGCCCAGUGUCAGAGGCUGGAGGUGCGAAGCAGAGACGGGGGAACACUUCUGUUCACUGCCGACGAGGAGGAGGUCAUCAUGGCAGCAGAAAAGUUCACAGUCACAGGCUCGGAAGGAGCCGUGUUCGGACAUUCAGUGGAGACUCCCCUGAUCCAGGCGAGGGCUUCUGAAGACCUGAAGCUCGAGUCUCCCACACGAACCCUGACCAUGGAGGCUCCCAGAGGGGUGGAAGUGAGUGCCGCUGAAGGGUCGCUGAAGGUCAGCGGUCGCAAGGAUCUACAGCUAGAGUCCACUGAAGGAGAGAUACUUUUAGAUGCCAACGCCGUUCAGUUUGGAGGCCUCCCGCUCGGCACCUACACAGCGUCGCCCAGGCAGGCCUCGCAGGAGCAGACCGUGUACGAGGUGUGCGUUUGUCCCAGUGGCAAGAUCUACCUCUCUCCUGCAGAGAGCAGCUCCACCUGCCAGGCCAUGAGCAACAUCUGCCUCUGGAGCUGACCUGGGAGCCGCGGCGGUUGAGCGGAGACAGCUAGAACAUCUGCUCUGGAGCUGCAGAGAGCGGGAUGGAUCUCUCCGAUGGUACAAAUGACAGAGUGGGACACUGAGAUGGAGCUGGUAAGAGAGACUGCAGUCAGGUCAGCACAGAAGCAUCCAGGUUGCUGCCUGCAGUGCGUUGAAGGAGGUCAGGACUCUUCCACCAGUGGAAGUCGCAGCGGCUCUCUGAAAUCAGGAAUAUCCCACACGGAGAGGAGAGCCUCCAUCUCCUUAUUAGAUUCAGAGGACACGACUAUUAUUUUUCUACUCCAGGUUGAGUGCUGGCAGGCAGUGACUGUUUUUAUGAUAAGGAAGAAGAGGAGAGGCGGGGAUGGAUGAAACACAGGUGCCUUCAGCUUUAAAUGGCUUCAUUCUAAAACUGUCUGUGCAGCUGGAGUUAGACAUUAGCUGUAAUGGUAGAAAGUGGAGUAAGCACAAUGAUGUUUUUUCCUCUAAAAAUCCCAUAGACUGAAUAUAAAAGAUGGACAUAAUCACUGCAAAGCCGUUAACAGGUGUGUGAAGCCUUGAGUGUAGCUUUUUGAUGGUCACCAUCUUUGUUAGAUCUAACAAACUGAGCGACACUGCACAAACAUACAUGAAAAACUUGCUAACUACACGCAUUACUCAGUUUGUCCUUGAUGGCACCAAUGGUGACAUUUGUUAAAGUAGCCCUGAAAAUACUGAUUGAGCCCAAAACAUGAUAGAAAAUGGUUUAUUGUGUUCAUGAAGAGAGAAGUAGGAUCAUUUUCUCAUACAGUCGAGCUUCUUUCGCAACAAGAUGAGUCGCCCCCUGCUGGUCGUAAAAUAAAUGCAGGUUUAUCCACAUUGCAAAGUUAUUUCCAUGUUUUAUAUGCAGUCUAUGAAAAAAUUUAGAUUGUUUUUGUUUUUGAAUGAUCUCAAUAGGUGUAUGUUUGUUUUCUACUCUGUCAGAGGCUGUGUAUUAAACUUGUUUCUAUGUGGCACUCAUUGUUCUUGACAUUUAACUAUUCCCCGAGGUUCAGGUGGACAGAUUUCCAAAGACUUCGCUCGCUAAGAUAACUAUGACAUGAUGUACUACAACUUUAGCUGGAAGACCAUCUCAUUGAGGGGACCCGUUUGGAGCGUAUAUCACAUAUUAUGUGAUAUUCAUUGUGUUGAAAAUGAAGUUUAGCUGAAUCAAGGAUAACUUAAACUAUAAAGAAUGAACAUCAUGUGAUCAAAAGCUCCAGAACAGCAGGUCAGUGGACCUUGUGGUAAGUGUUUCUUUGAAAUUUGUUCAAUGACAGGGGAAAGUCCCCCGAUUCUCGAGUACUACAGCGCCACCAGUAGGGCAGAAGUUGAAAGUGCAUUUAAGUCGUACCUCAAAAAAAAAUUAGGUGUGGUUGGAUAACUUGCAUCAAGCCCAUUUCAAAGCACCCUAUUAAGUCAGUUUCUGCCAUACUGAAUUUUGUUAAAGCAUUUAAUACACCGGGCACGUUUGUUAUUUUCCCCAAGUCAGCACCAAAGAAGGCACAAACCAUCUUCAGAUUAAGCCUCACAAAAGCUGAAAUUAGUGGCAAAAUUGACAAACAAGCAAAGUCGCGUCCCAUCAAAGCUGUGAUCCGGCUAAACUAAACUCCAGACACAUGCACGUUGGGUGACUUCGUGAUUCUAAAUUUGCUGUAAACGUGAGUGUGGAUGGUUGUGUGUCUCUCUGUGUGUUUGCCCUCUAAGACAAACUGGUGACCUGCUCAAGGCGUAUCCCACCUUUCCUGCUAUGACAGCUGGGAUAGUCUCCAGCUUCCUGCGACCUUAAAUUAAACAAGUGUUUAAGAACGUGGAUGGAUGGAAAUGUAUUUAAUAGUCAU